AAAACCAAUAUCACAAAUCUAAUCCGAAAAGAAAAACCAUAACAAAACCAAAACCAAAGUACCAAACAAAAACAACUCAAAAGAAAACAUUUAGAGAAAUCUAGCUCAGUCUCCUACUCUCUCUUUCUAUUACAUUUUCCAUCAUUUUCUAUGCUACCAAUCACUAAAAUUUUCACUAAACCUACUAUUUUCAUAGUAGCUUCACUCUUCUCUCCUUUACAAGUUAUGUUCAGCUCUUCUCCGAGUGAGUGACCUAAACCAAAAACCCUAUUCACUUCUCAAACCCUAGCUCAUCAGAACAAGAAGAAGAAGAAGUGAAAGCUUUGAUUUUUAUUUUUUUUGUUGAUAAAAAUGGAUUCCAUCAACUUCUACAACAUCAAAGCUGAGAAAGCCAACGCCAUAUUAAGGUACAACCAGCUUAGAAAGCUCGCAAACUUGUUCAGGCUCGUCGAGAUUCUCGUCGUCGUCGUCCUGAUCUCCCGGAUUUCAUUCCACGUUCCGGUCGCCGUGAAAAACUCCGGCGGCUUUCUCCGCGACUUCUCCGGCAUCCUCUCGAGUCCUCGGUUCGUUUUUGUGGUCGGAAAUGUCAUAGUGAUCACUCUUUUCGUCAAGUCUGGACAGUUUUCCGGCAGAGACUCCGGCAAGAAGCUCUCCGAGUACGAUCUCUACGACGAGUUCGUUAAGAACAGUAGUGAGAAGAACCAGAAAGUUAUUUUCCGGGAAAAAUUCGUCGAACCCGUGAUAUCAUCAUCAGCCAAACCGAAACACAACGCUUUCGAGGAGGAUCUUGUGAUGGUGGAGAGAAAGUGUUCGGAAGUGAAGAACUUUCAGCGGAGUAACUCGGAGAUUGUGGUCCGACCCAAGAAGCCGAACAGUCGUGAUCUGAAGCGAUCUGAGACUGAGAAUUUCGGGAAAAGGAUCGAGCGUAGUGGUGAUCAGAUUGUGAGAUCGAACAAGGAUUUGUAUCCGGAAGAUAACAUGAGCAGUGAAGAGUUCAAGCUCAAAGUUGAAGCUUUUAUUGCUCGUCAACAGAGGUUCAGAAUGAAAGAAGUUUAUUCUGGUAAUGAGUUUGAGUAAAUGAUGAAAAGACUGAGAUUUUCAUACAUAAUGUCGUUCAACUUUCUUUUCUUUUCUUUUCUUUUUUGUAUCUAUACUGGUUUAUAUAUAUGUGUGUACUUGUAUUUGUACAUUUUUAAAUCAAAAUCAAGAUGAAUAUUAUUUUACAA